AUGGCGCGCAUUACGGGAGGGACUGUGCAGCAACAAGCAUGUCUAAAACAACAGAUCGAAAAGGAGGAAGCUACCGCGCUUCGAUUCUUUGUCCAAAAUAUAGAAAAAUUAAAGGUUCCUUCGGGAGCUUCGGCGGUUUUGCGUAAAAAACUUGAACAGACCAAAGUAGACGCUGCUAGGUGCAACCGACUGGCCGAGGAGGCAGCCAAACGAGCUGAAGAAAGACGGAAAGCCGCAGCUGAAAAUCUUUCAGCUAUGCUUGAUAUGCGUCCCCCAUCACCAGCAACAAAAGCUUUGCUCUACAACGGCAUUUCACACGAUCGCCAUGGCAGUGUUUGGUGGAGGGUAAGCUACACGAUGUGGAAACACUGUUGAGCGGUAAACGCGCGCAAUAUGAUCGACCUUGGCGAAUUUGUGGAUUCUUCACAAUCACAUGACAAAUAUUGGGGCCGAGACGAAAUGAAAAUGAAAUGAAAGGGACUGUUGUCCGAAAUGUUAUGUAUACAUGAACACCGUUAUCAAGCUUGCAAACUCGACGGUUUACGAUGCUGUAAAGAAAACAUAACUUCAGCUUCAUUCUUUGGAGUAAAACUUGGUCAAAUCCAAGUUUAUCACAUCGUUCUGCGUAUGUCAUCUUUGUGGAAUAUCCACAUGGUUUUUUCGUGAAGCGUCUCUGGAUCCUCUCAAGAGCGUGCUGGCCAGAUUUCCGUAUAUUAGACUGUACCAUUGAAC